CCUGACUCCAGAGCUCAGUUCUUUUACCUUAGGGCUCCUUCCCUGCGCUCCGGAGGAAGGGCCCGGGCUGGUGGGGGAGGCAGACGGGAUCACCUGCACAGGGCCUGGGAUGCUGGGGGAGGCAGACGGGAUCACCUGUAAAGGGCCCGGGCUGGUGGGGGAGGCAGACGGGAUCACUGGCCCAGGCCCCGGGCUGGUGGGGGAGGCAGAAGGGAUCACCCGUACAGGGCCCGGGCUGGUGGGGGAGGCAGACGGGAUCACCCGUACAGGGCCCGGGCUGGUGGGGGAGGCAGACGGGAUCACCCGUACAGGGCCCGGGCUGGUGGGGGAGGCAGACGGGAUCACCCGUACAGAGCCCGGGCUGGUGGGGGAGGCAGACGGGAUCACCCGUACAGGGCCCGGGCUGGUGGGGGAGGCAGACGAGAUCACCUGCACAGUGUAAGUACUGGCGUCUGUGAAAGAGGUGUGAACCAGACGCAGCGAGGCGGGCAAAGGUGGGGUUCCCGCCCAUCGAGAGGAAGCAAAAUCCUGAGUGAAUAGACUCGUGCAGCAUCACAAUGAGAAUCCAAAAUUGAGAGGAAGGUGGAAAGAGUUAGGAAGCCUUGGGAGGGGCAUGAAGCAGAAGGGAGAAGAAAGGGAGGGGAGAGAAGGUUGUUAGCAGUUCUUUCUUGCGUCGUGUCUGUUGCGCUGAGACACGAUCCGAUCCUCGGUCUCGGCUGCAGGUGUCAAGGAGAUUCUUUAGAUGAUUCUUUAGCAGCCCCGAAGGGUUCGUUCACCUGCACAGGGGGGCGACCGCGCACGAGCCAGAUAGAGGCCUGAUCAAAUAACUUCUCUCCAGUUUUUUUUUGGGGGGGGGCAGAUAACUAUUUUUGCGGGAAAUCGGUUUAGUAAAUAAGGGAUGUUAGGACUCUGGAGAGAAUUACAGGGCAACCACCAUGGCUAUUAUCUUAAUCAGGCACCAUUUCAACACCUCUGCCUUCAAGUCAACCAGCCCUACAACAGGAUUUAUUUUCCAAUAAGCGAAAUCCCCGCCCGCCAACUCCAAGGCGCUUGGAUGCGAGCUCUGUGGGAAACAGCAGCGACGAGGAGAGGCUAUUUUGGGUGUGGGAACCAGGAGGGAGGAGGGGCGGCGCCGGCAGGCUGGGCGCGGGUGCGCGGGGAAAGCCUCCAGCUCGGGCUGCCACGGCAACCGCGUCCAGGCAACGCGCCCGGAAGCGGCUCGGGCGGCGCGCGACGGCUCGCGCCCCCCGGGAGCCGCGAACUCGGCCGGGCCGCGCGCCGGGCCAGGAGACAGGCGCGCGCUGAUUGGACAGCGCUCCCCGCGGCGCGAGCCCGCAGCCGGGCGCCCCGCUCAGCCAGCGCCCGCGGCCGCCGCACCCAGCCGCGCCGGCGAGGACAUGGGCGGCCGUGGCGCGCCCGCCCCCCGCCCCGAUGUGAAUUAUUAAAAAGAAAAUGGCCCAGCAGAGCACCGUAUUUCCUUCUCUUGUCACUGAGGAAAGGUAUAAUAUAUGGAAAAUAUGCAUCUAAGGCGAGUUAGAACCAUGCCCCGACACAGCCAGUCCCUGACCAUGGCACCUUACUCAUCUGUGAGCCUAGUGGAACAGCUGGAAGAUAGGAUCCUCUGCCAUGAGAAAACCACUGCCGCCCUCGUGGAGCACGCCUUCCGGAUUAAAGACGACAUUGUCAACAGUCUGCAGAAAAUGCAAAACAAAGGGGGAGGUGACCGCUUGGCCAGGCUUUUCUUGGAGGAGCACAUCAGGAACAUAACUGCCAUAGUGAAGCAACUAAAUCGGGACAUUGAGGUCCUCCAGGAGCAGAUCCGUGCCAGGGACAACAUUAGCUAUGGAACUAAUUCUGCCUUAAAGACCCUGGAGAUGCGGCAGCUCUCUGGUCUGGGAGAUCUUCGAGGAAGAGUGGCAAGAUGUGAUGCCAGCAUAGCCAGGCUCUCUGCAGAGCACAAAACUACCUAUGAGGGGCUCCAGCACUUGAACAAAGAACAGCAAGCUGCCAAACUCAUCCUGGAAACAAAAAUCAAAGAUGCAGAGGGACAGAUUUCUCAGCUUUUGAACAAAGUGGACUUGUCUAUAUCAGAGCAGAGCACCAAACUGAAGAUGUCCCACAGAGACAGUAACCACCAGCUUCAGCUCUUGGACACUAAAUUUAAAGGUACAGUUGAAGAACUCAGUAACCAGAUUUUAUCUGCACGGAGUUGGUUGCAGCAAGAACAAGAGCGGAUAGAAAAAGAACUUUUACAGAAAAUUGAGAAGCUUUCCUUGAUUGUUAAGGAAAACUGUGGAGCCAGUGAAAGGGACAUGGAGAAGAAGCUCGGCCAGAUGUCAGCCAGACUGGACAAAAUAGAAGAGGGUCACAAGAAGACGAGUGAUGGGCAGAGAACAAAGCAAGACGAGGAGAAGAUACAUGGGCGGAUCACCAAGCUGGAGUUGCAGAUGAACCAGAACUUAAAGGAGAUGAAAGCAGAAAUUAAUGCGGGGUUUACAGCCAUCUAUGAAAGCAUAGGAUCCCUCAGGCAAGUUCUGGAAGCCAAGAUGAAGCUGGACAAGGACCAGCUACAGAAGCAAAUCCAACAAAUGCAGAGGCCGGAGGCUCCUGUGUGAAGGGGCUGGACAAGGACUUAAAAGAAGGUUUUGCCAGUGGGGCUUGGAACGAGAUCCCUCUGUAGCCUUUGCUGCAUCCAGGAUUGUUCAUCCAUGGCGUGCAUGUGCCAAGAAGUGUGUUUUCAUGGGUCUAAAUGUUUACCUUGAGUCCUGAAAACACUCUUUCUUUAAAAGUACCAAGUACAGUUUUUACCACUUUAUUUCACUUUUCUAAAUUCAAUGGAAUUAUCCCCCAUGGAUUUUGAAAUGCUCUAGCCAAGACUGUUUACUAUUUUGAAAAACGCCAUGGUGAUUUUUAAUUAAGAAACUAAUGAGUUGCCCCAGGAAUGUGUUGCUCCCCACCCUAAAUUAAGAGAAUGUCCUGAUAGAUUAGAAUUCAGCCUUUGAGUCCACAUUUGGAUUUUAUUAUUGUUGUCUAUGCAUUUCUUAUAUUGGUUAUCUUCCUGUAACUCUUCUGUCUUUUGUAAGGGGAAAGGAUUUCACACUUGGAAGAAACCCCACCGUUGAUGUAAUGAUAAUUAAACAAUUGAUAACUGCCAUAUAGAUUACAAAUCAAAUGGAAAGGCACAAUGUCUAUAUCAGCCACCUGGAUAUACUGAUUUUAAUAUUUAAAACUACUUUUGAAUUAUCUGCAACCUGUGUAGUGAUAGCCAUAUAUUUAAUAAUGGAUCGGUGGUUAAUCGUCUGUUUACUGCAGCACAAUUAAUUGUUCAUUAAUCAUAAUAGAAUGUGAUACUUUUUCAGACUUUAUGAUCUCUCUAAAUGUUUCCAAAAUUGGCACGAAGUGCUAGAGUUUAUAUACACUUCUUGUAGCUGUACUUUUGUGCCUUGGUUUUAUCUUGUCAACGCACCAUACCCGAUACGAGAUUGGAAGACAGAAUAGAAGGCAGGAUAACUGGUGAGAAUUAUGAUGUAACAAUGGGAUCCUCUGUAUUUUUUAAAUGUUCUAAAAAUUUUAUCACUGUUCAGGCAUUAAUCAUUCAGUCUUACUGGUGGAAUAGAAAUUCAUACUUUUGUAUGGACAAAGAAUCGAGUUGAUAUUGCAUUUAUAACACUGUCAAGAAACCUUCAUCUUGAGCAACUUUGUAGAUGACGGGUGUUUUAUUUUCAAUCGCCAUAUUUGAUUAGUCAUUGAAAAUUGGCACGAGUGCUGUGUUGUUCACCUGUGUUGUAAAAACUGAUAGUGAGACACACCGUUCUAAACUGUGAGGGUGUCCCAGGAAACAGGAAAACAGGAAUACUUUUAAAAUAAAAUAAAAUCUUUUUCUUUUGUUUGUCAAGGA